AGAUGUGCAAGAUGUCUUCAGCUGUUCUCACUCAAAGCGGCUGAGAAGAACUGGAAUUGAAGAUGAGAACCAACAAGGUGUACAAGCUCGUCAUACACAAGAAGGGGUUUGGAGGCAGUGAUGAUGAACUGGUGGUGAAUCCUAAAGUAUUUCUUCAAAUCAAGCUGGGAGAUGUUGUGGAAAUUGCACAUCCCAAUGAUGAAUACAGUCCCCUGCUUCUACAAGUGAAGUCUCUUAAGGAAGAUUUGCAGAAAGAAACUAUAAGUGUGGAUCAGACAGUUGCGCAGGUGUUCCGACUGCGGCCGUACCAGGAUGUCCAUGUGAAUGUUGUUGACCCAAAGGAGGUGACGUUGGACUUGGUGGAGCUAACCUUUAAAGAUCAGUAUAUUGGGCGCGGGGAUAUGUGGCGACUGAAGAAGAGUUUGGUCAGCACGUGUGCAUAUGUCACCCAAAAAGUUGAGUUUGCGGGUAUCAGGGCACAGGCGGGUGAACUGUGGGUUAAGAGUGAGAAAGUCACUUGUGGAUACAUCAGUGAGGACACCCGGGUGGUCUUUCGCUCCACUUCUGCCAUGGUUUAUAUUUUUAUCCAGAUGAGCUGUGAAAUGUGGGAUUUUGAUAUUUAUGGGGACCUAUAUUUUGAGAAAGCUGUGAAUGGUUUCCUUGCUGACCUCUUCACAAAGUGGAAGGAGAAGAAUUGCAGCCAUGAAGUGACAGUGGUUCUAUUUUCUAGGACAUUUUAUGAAGCAAAAUCUAUAGAUGAGUUUCCUGAAACGCAUCGUGCGUCAAUUCGACAGGAUCACGAGGGAAGAUUUUACGAAGAUUUUUACAAAGUUGUAGUUCAGAAUGAGAGACGCGAAGAGUGGACCUCAUUGCUGGUGACCAUCAAAAAGCUCUUCAUCCAAUACCCUGUUUUGGUACGACUAGAGCAAGCAGAGGGCUUUCCUCCAGGUCACAAUUCUACCUCGGCACAAGGGAACUACCUGGAGGCCAUAAAUCUGUCAUUUAAUGUGUUUGACAAGCAUUACAUAAACCGGAACUUUGAUCGGACUGGCCAGAUGUCUGUGGUUAUCACACCUGGUGUGGGUGUAUUUGAAGUUGAUCGGCUCCUGAUGAUUCUGACCAAACAGCGGAUGAUAGACAACGGAAUAGGUGUGGACUUGGUGUGCAUGGGAGAACAACCGUUGCAUGCUGUGCCACUCUUCAAGCUCCAUAACCGCUGUGGACCUGGCGACUCCAGACUGGGUGAUGAUUACAAUAUUCCACACUGGAUAAACCAUAGUUUCUACACAUCCAAAAGCCAGCUCCUGUGUAACAGCUUCACUCCCCGGAUCAAGCUGGCAGGAAGGAAACCUCUGACUGAGAAAGCAAAAAAUAACCGAGAUGCCUCAUUAGGGUCUCCGAAAGAUGCUGAGAAUGCCCUGCCAAUCCAGGUAGAUUACGAUGGCUAUGAUGCCCAGGUGUUCAGGCUGCCAGGCCCAUCCAGAGCCCAGCGCUGUACCACUUUCAGGUCUGUGAGGGAGAGAGAAAGUCGUACCAGAAAGAGCUCUAGUUCCUAUGACGUCUCGUGCAGCCCUUCCCUGCAGAGCCGCACGCUGCCCCCAGAAGAGGUGAGGAGUCAGGCUUCUGAUGACAGCUCACUGGGCAAGAUCUCCAACAUCCUGAUGAUCCCACGGCCUCAUCUGCACCAGUAUGAAGUCAGCAGCUCCCUGGGCUAUACCAGCACCAGAGAUGUCCUUGAGAACAUGCUGGAGUCUCAGCAACGUGACUCCAGUGCCCCUGGGAGGUUCCACGUUGGCAGUGCUGAAUCCAUGCUGCACAUCCGGCCUGGGGGAUACACACCCCAGCGAGCACUGAUAAACCCCUUUGCCCCAUCCCGUAUGCCCAUGAAGCUCACGUCUAACAGGAGGCGCUGGAUGCACACCUUCCCUGUGGGUCCGUCAGGAGAAGCUAUCCAGAUCCAUCAUCAGACCCGUCAGAAUAUGGCAGAAAUGCAGGGCAGUGGGCAGCAGGAUUUGACACACUCCUCUGCCGAGCUGCUGGAGCUGGCUUACCAUGAGGCAACCGGCAGACAUACCAGCUCUCGGCAUCCAGGUGACAGUGCCUCUUUCCUGAACUUCAGCGGAGCAGAGGAGUACUCCAGUGGUCUGGCUGUCAGCAACGGUGCAGGGAUGAACCUCAAAACUCAGAACAAGGAUUCAUUAGAAGAUGCUGUCUCUAACUCUCCGGAUCCAAUGCCAGGCUUCUGUUGUACAGUUGGAGUGGACUGGAAAUCUCUCACUACUCCGGCAUGUCUCCCUCUCACCACGGACUACUUCCCUGACCGUCAGAGUCUGCAGAAUGAUUACACUGAGGGUUGCUAUGAUCUCCUCCCAGAAGCUGACAUUGACAG